UCUCUGAUUGAUUGCCCGAAACAGAUAACCCAGCUUUCUUUUUUCUCUUCUUGCUAGACAAUAAAGAAUGGAAGUAUCCGACUAUAUCAACAGUGCCAAAACGUUUGCAGAGAGAGCAGCCAAGCUCUCACAAAAAAUGUCACAAGGUCUUGUCGACAAUGCGCGUGAACUAGGCUUUCCCGGUUCUGAAUCAGGUGCCCAGUACUUUGAUACCUCUGAGGAGAAAAUGCGUAAUAUCAAGCGUCAACUCGAUUCGAAAAACGAUAGAGAGAAAUUAGACGGGCUCAAGCGACUGAUUGCUAUGAUUUCUAAGGGCAGAGACGUGUCCGAGUUUUUCCCUGAUGUAGUCAAGAACGUAGUCUCUCAGAACAUAGAAAUCCGCAAACUCGUCUAUAUUUUCUUAUUACGGUAUGCUGAGCAGGAACCUGAUUUGGCACUGUUGUCCAUCAACUCUUUCCAAAAGGAUCUAAGUGAUAAGAAUCAGAUUAUUCGCGCCAUGGCAUUGCGUGUUAUGAGUGGUAUUCGUGUACCUGUUAUUAGUCCUAUUGUCUUGCUUGGCAUUAAGAAAUGUAUCACAGACCCAAGUCCUUAUGUUCGAAAAACGGCUGCUCAUGCUAUUCCUAAAUGCUAUAGUCUGGAUGCGAGUCAAAAGGAAGCAUUAGUUGAGAUUAUUGCCACAUUACUCAAGGACAGAUCAAAUUUAGUGAUCGGAAGUACUAUUAUGGCCUUUAACGAAGUAUGUCCUAAUCGAUUUGAUUUGAUUCACCCUUGUUUUCGGAAACUAUGCAACAUGUUAGGUGAUUGUGAUGAAUGGGGACAAAUGUCAAUUUUGGGUGUUCUGUUACGCUAUGGUAGAAACCAAUUUUUGAACCCCAAUCCUAAUGGGGAAGAUCAAAGUCGUAUUCCACCUAAAAAGAAAACAACAACAACUACCAGUAAAUCGUUUUAUUCCUCUGAUUCUUCUAGCGAAGAAGAAGAACAAGAGAAUGUCAAGGAUAUUGAGGAAGUUGAAUUGGAUGUGGACCAUGAAUUGCUAUUAAAAAGCUGUGUUCCUCUCUUACAGAGUCGUAAUAGUGGUGUAGUCUUAGCUGUAGCUAAAUUGUACUAUUACUUGGCUCCUGCUGCAGAGGCUGAAAAGAUUGCUAAGCCCUUGGUACGUCUAUUGCGUUCGCAUAGAGAACAAUCUUAUGUAGUACUCUCAAAUAUCGCCACAAUGGCUUCAAGAAGACCUUAUCUGUUUGAAUCUUCGCUUCAACAAUUCUAUGCUCAAUCUUCAGAACCUGUAUUUAUUCGUGAUACCAAAUUGGAUAUCUUGACAACUAUCGCUAAUGAAUCCAAUAUCCACACACUACUUGUUGAACUUCAGCAAUACAUCAAAAGCCCCAAUAAAGACUUUGUUGCUGCAACUAUUCAAGCUAUUGGUCGUUGUGCAACAAGUGUGCCUACUGCUACUGAUCAAUGUCUGCGCCUUUUAAUGAAAUUACUUCGUAGUAGAAAUGAACUUGUGGUAGCUGAAUCAGUUCUCGUUUUGACAAGACUAUUACAAGUUCCUUCAGAAGAACGAUCCAAGUCAGUCAUAACACUUGUAAAGCUACUAGAUACAAUCAAGGUGCCAAUGGCUAGAGCCAAUAUUUUGUGGCUCGUAGGCCAAUAUGCAGGAACAUUGCCCAAGGUGGGGCCCGACGUAUUGCGUCAAGCUGUAAAGAACUUUAUCAACGAGGACAAUGCUACUAAACUUCAAACCUUGACAUUAGCAGCUAAAUUAAUAUGCUUAAAUGCCGAUCAUCCUAUUCUCAAUAGCUUGAACCAAUAUCUACUCAAUUUGGCUCGUUAUGAUACUGAUUACGAUGUGAGAGACCGUGCUCGUUUCUUGCGCGCUCUUACUUUACAAGGACAGAAUGAAAAGCCUGGAUUACAGCAAAUCAAACAGCAUUUGCAAAAAAUUUUACUUUCUAACAAGGAGCCUCCUAUCAUUCAAUCAGCUGAUAUUCAAAAUGCUUCUGAUUACAAUGUUGGCUCACUUUCACUUUUAGCACAUCAACCACUUCCAGGUUAUGAACCCUUAGCUGAUUACCCAGAAGAGCAGCCUGAUACAAGCGUGCGCGAUGUUGAAGAAUUAGAAGGAUGGAGUGGUAGCCGUACAACAAUGAUGGAAACUGGGUUCGGAAGUGAUAAUUAUCGUAAAGGAACCACUGCAUUAUCUGGCAUUGAAGCUAUGGGCAGUAGCAGUCUUACUUCCAUGUAUGCUCCCUCGGCCAUAAAGAAAAAGGGCAAUGAUUAUGAUUUGGAUGCAUUUUAUGAAGAAUCAAGUGAAGAAGAAGAUUCCUCUGCAUCUUCUGAGCAAGAAGAGACAAGUUCCGAAGAAGAGGAGGAAGAAUCCGAAGAGGGGGAAGUCGAAGAGGGAUCGGAAGAAGAUGAAUCAAGCGGACUAUAUUCUUCCGAAGAAGAAGAGCCUAAGAAAGCGAUACGAAAAUAGAGAAAUUUGCUACUUUUUUUUUUAUCACUAAUAAAAGCCUAUUCGGUUAAUCUUA